GUGGCCCGGCGCGGUGGCCGCCCCGGUCGGGCGGGGAGGCGGGGAGGUGGCCACUGGCUCCGCCCCGCUCCCCUCUGACCCGGUGUCUAGUCUCUCCGUCUUCCUGUUCCAAACCACGUGGACGCGUCGGGGCUGCGGGAGGCAGCCCCAGCCGCCGCCGUCGGUGUCGCAGCCACCACCACCGCCGGGGUCACGGGUCCCGCGUCUGUCCGAAGUCGCCGCACUCGGGCUGCUCACGUCUCUGCGGAGGGCGCGCACAUGGCGACUCAGGCGAACUCCCUCAGCUACGCGGGGUGCAACUUCUUGCGCCAACGUCUGGUCCUGUCUACCCUGAGCGGGCGCCCCGUCAAAAUCCGAAAGAUUCGGGCCAGAGACGACAACCCGGGCCUCCGAGAUUUCGAAGCCAGCUUCAUAAGGCUGUUGGAUAAAAUAACAAAUGGUUCUCGAAUUGAAAUAAACCAAACAGGAACAACCUUAUAUUAUCAGCCUGGCCUCCUGUAUGGUGGAUCUGUGGAACAUGACUGUAGCGUCCUUCGUGGCAUUGGCUAUUACCUGGAGAGUCUUCUUUGCUUGGCUCCAUUUAUGAAGCACCCGUUAAAAAUAGUUCUACGAGGAGUGACCAAUGAUCAGGUUGACCCUUCAGUUGAUGUUCUUAAGGCGACAGCACUCCCUUUGUUGAAACAAUUUGGGAUUGAUGGUGAAUCAUUUGAACUGAAGAUUGUGCGACGGGGAAUGCCUCCUGGAGGAGGAGGCGAAGUGGUUUUCUCAUGUCCUGUAAGGAAGGUCUUGAAGCCCAUUCAACUCACAGAUCCAGGAAAAAUCAAACGUAUUAGAGGAAUGGCGUACUCUGUACGUGUGUCACCUCAGAUGGCGAACCGGAUUGUGGAUUCUGCAAGGAGCAUCCUCAACAAGUUCAUACCUGAUAUCUAUAUUUACACAGAUCACAUGAAAGGAGUCAACUCUGGGAAGUCUCCAGGCUUUGGGUUGUCACUGGUUGCUGAGACCACCAGUGGCACCUUCCUCAGUGCCGAACUGGCCUCCAACCCCCAGGGCCAGGGAGCAGCAGUACUUCCAGAGGACCUUGGCAGGAACUGUGCCUGGCUGCUGCUGGAGGAAAUCUAUAGGGGUGGAUGUGUAGAUUCAACCAACCAAAGCCUGGCACUACUACUCAUGACCCUUGGACAGCAGGAUGUUUCCAAAGUCCUGCUAGGCCCUCUGUCUCCCUACACGAUAGAAUUUUUGCGGCAUUUGAAGAGCUUUUUCCAGAUUAUGUUUAAAAUUGAAACCAAGCCAUGUGGUGAAGAACUCAAGGGCGGGGAUAAAGUGCUGAUGACCUGUGUUGGCAUUGGUUUCUCCAACCUUAGCAAGACCCUCAAGUGAUAACCAUCACAAGAUAAGGCCCCAGUGCCUCCAGACAAAGCAGACGCUGCCAUGGACACCAAUGGGACCAAGUCCAAAUGGAUUAAUGCAGGACAGGAUAGCCACGUGCUUAAUUUUCUGUGAAGAAAUAUCAAUAUACAAAUAAAAGACAUCUCUGUAGCAUGUGUUUCCAGCUGUUUCUCCAGUGGCGUUGCCAUUGCCCAGGAGGCCCAGUCACCGUGAGAGCUCCCUUGCCUUACCUGGAGGAAGAAUGUGCCUUCAGGCCACAGUCAUGCUGCUAGAACAGUCUCAUAGCUGCAGUUCAGCUGUGCUUCCUCAGCCUACUAUCAUAGACUUCCUUGGCCCUCUGUCAUAUGGCUGUUUUCCAAACCUGUGGAGUCUGUUACUGUUCUUUCUGCAAGGACUUACCUCCUUGAGCCUCGGUUUUUAUUGUAGGGAUUAAAUGAGAUAAUAUGAGUGGCAGCUCUUCAUGAGUCCUGCAGUGCUAUGCAAAUGUCAGAAAUUGGUAUAUUAGACUAUUUAUCUUUUGUCUUCUGAAUGGAUUGCUGUCAUGGACACAGACACUGAUCUUCAUCUGGUUAAUUGGAUGUAUAUAUGAGGGAUGGGUGACUGCAGGGGUCCAAGUAAAGUUAUUGGGAUGUUUUUUAUAUUCUAGGUGUGCUAUACAUUCCUGUUUUAUUUUCACAAUAGCUCUGUGAUGUAAAUGCUAUCUCCAUGAGAAAAUUCUUAAAGAGUGUUUCGUUCCUUUGAAAUGUAUAAUGUAAAGACAUUAAAUCUCCUCAUUUAAGGAUCUAAGUGUAA